CAGCCCUACAUAGCAAGAAAGCGCACACUUGACGGCUUCUUCAAGUCCAAAGGCUUCAAGCCAAACCUAGAGGUUUCGCUGGAAGAUGUCUCAAAUCAUGCCACAUACCCUCACCCCAAUCCUCGCGUCCCUCCGUUACUGUCUGAAGCACUUUCAUUCUCGUCAGCGUCAGAAGGGAGAGUGAUCAAUGACCACCCCGAUAUAAGCUUGGUUUACUAUCAACCUUACAUUAACCGCGAGGCAUCUAAUGAACUAUUUAACUUUCACAGAAACAAUUUGUUCUUUUACCGGGUCAUAUACAACAUCAAGCGCGGACCAGUGGAGACCACAAUCAACACACCACGUUUUACGACUGUUUUCGGCGUAGAUGCAACAUCCAUGUUCUCGUCCGAAGGCAGCUUGAUCGAUUCAGUCACGAAGCAGCCGAUUUCAGCGGACAGAUACAAGUGCAAGCCACGUCCGAACCCAGCGUGUCUUGACAAACUACAGGAAUUGACCGAAGGUUCAACAGACGAGACAUAUAACCUCUGCCUUGUCAAUUACUAUGCCAGUGGAAGCGAUAGCAUCUCAUAUCAUUCAGACAACGAACGUUUCCUUGGGCAGAAUCCUGCCAUUGCAUCUUUCUCAUUGGGUGUCGCUAGGGGUUUCUUGAUGAAGCAUAAACCUAUCGCUCCGGGAGAUGCGGUAGCGACGGCAGUGAAUGCAAAUCCGCUAAAGUUUUCGUUAAUGUCUGGAGACAUGCUUUUGAUGCGAAGCAAGACGCAAUCAAACUGGUUGCAUAGCGUUCCAAAGCGGAAAGCAGAGAGUAUUGGGAAUGGGAGAAUCAAUAUCACGUUUCGAAAGGCAAUGGUACGAGGAGGAACGGAAAACUACUACAAAUAUAAUGUUGGAUCAGUUCUGGCUUCCAGAUGGGACGCUGAACGGAAAGAAAUGGUGCCUUUAGCGGUUAAAUGAAAUUGAACUUCUAUUGGCUAUGCAACAAGUUUGGGGUAUCUCAAAUGUGUGGACAUCAACCGUCAAAACCCUCCCAAGUCUCCUCAUCAGG